UUUCAGUCACUUUCACUUCUUUAUUUACGUUUAGAAAUACAAUAUUCAAAAUCAACACUUUAAAAAAUUAACCAAAAUUGUAGUGUAAUCAUUUCAAACUUCUCAGAUUCUAUUAUUUCCGUUCCCGGCAGCCAAAAUGAAGAUCUAUCCGAAUGCAGAUGUCUGGUUCUAUGUGGACGUGGAGAGCGGUAUGAACAGCUAUAUGAAAUACCCUCCAAACCAUAGCUGGAAGAUCAAUAACAAGACCAUCUCUCGGGAAAUGCGCUACUGGCGCGACUCCGAGGGGAUCAAGAAGGCGGAGAUCAAGCUCGAGGAUUUGUAUUUCACUGACUUUCCAAAGAAUCGCAUUCGGCCGCAGGCCUGUCUGGGAUUGCUCUAUGCCACCGGUAACCGGUUCAUCCGACUGACCAAGGCACCGCCGGCAGGCUUUAAGUGCGCCCCGAUGCCUGUUAAUUUGGCAACAGCGCGCAUUGUUAAAACGCUGCUGAAGAAGAAGGCCAGGGCGGAGAAGAAGGCCAAGAAGGCGGAGAAAAAGGCCCAAAGGGAGGCCAAAAAGGCCCUCAAGAACAAGGGCAAGGGCAAGGAUGGUGUUAACGAUGCCAAACCAAAGGUUAUCCAAACCUACAAAGACGCGGAAAAAGCUAAAUAAUUAAAAGUAAAAUAGUAUUCAAAAUUGUACUUGUUUAAAUAUAAAUUAUUUCGAACUUUU